CGCCCCCGUCGCCGCCGAUUCCCCUGGCUGGUUGGCAGCGGCCGGGCUCGCGUCGCGUCGCGCCGCGCCGUCCUCCGCUCUCCGUCCCUCACGUGGCCCGCCUCGCUCCCCGCCCGCCGCCGCCAUGUCGCCGGUGCGGGCCGUGCUGGCGCUGCUGGCCGCGCUCUGGGCCCCGGCGGCCGGCUACUUCGUCAGCAUCGACGCGCACGCCGAGGAGUGCUUCCUCGAGCGGGUCCCGUCCGGCACCAAGAUGGGGCUCAUCUUCGAGGUGGCCGAGGGCGGCUUCCUCGACAUCGACGUGGAGAUCACAGGCCCUGAUAACAAGGUUAUUUACAAAGGAGAUAGAGAAUCCAGUGGGAAAUAUACCUUCGCAGCUCACAUGGAUGGAACGUAUAGGUUUUGCUUCAGCAACAGAAUGUCCACCAUGACUCCGAAGAUAGUGAUGUUCACUAUUGACAUUGGAGAAGCUCCGAAAGGGCAGGAUAUGGAGACAGAAGGUGGUGGAGAUACCUGGGAUGCUCAUCAGAACAAGCUAGAAGAGAUGAUUAAUGAAUUAGCAGUGGCCAUGACAGCAGUCAAGCAUGAACAGGAAUACAUGGAAGUCCGUGAAAGGAUACAUCGAGCAAUUAACGACAACACAAAUAGCAGAGUGGUCCUCUGGUCGUUCUUCGAAGCCCUUGUACUAGUUGCCAUGACACUGGGACAGAUCUACUACCUGAAGAGGUUUUUUGAAGUCCGGAGAGUUGUUUAAUCAAACUUGGCUCCCAGUUCCCUUUCCAGUGAUCCCAGACUCUGUCCACUCUUUACCAAACAACUUCAUUGCAAAAAUCACGUAGUUUUCUUUAUCCCCGCAUCCCGAACUAUAAAACUUAAGUUUUAAUGUCUUCUUAGCUUAAUUUUGUUUUUGUUUUGAAAUGAGGGGAUGCCUGCUGUGAGUUAUUUUCUGAAAUUGGAAGACUGUCUCUCACAAGCCAAAAUGAGUUCAACCAAAAUGACAGGAGUUAGUUGGAAAACAGUACCAUUGCUUGUCUUAACUCUUGAUUCUUUUCUCUCUUUGUUUCUUGAUUUUUUUGUAGCAAAAUGCAGGGUUUUUUUGCCUAGGGGAAAUGGUACAAGGCUUUUUCAUAAUAGCGUUUAAACCUGUGGAGAAGAUUCUCUAACUCGAUCAGUGGAUUUCCUCUCUACUUUCACAUAGGAGAAGAAUUUUGGUGUACCCCAGUCCUGGCAGUGCUUCCACAAAAA